AUGUGGGUCCAGUCCCAGUUCCUCCAUGGGUUCCUGUUCUUCUGGGUCAUUCCAGUCUCUGUUCCGUUAGUGCUGGUGGAUCCCACAGCAGUUUAUACAGUGGACUGUCUCCAUGACAACCAUUACUUAGACAGCCUAGACCGGAUCGGAGCAUCGGACUACCAACCCACAGAGCAGGACAUCCUGAGGACCAGAGUGAAGACCACAGGCAUCGUGGAGACACACUUUACCUUCAAAAACCUCCACUUCAGGCUGUUCGAUGUGGGAGGUCAGAGGUCAGAGAGGAAGAAGUGGAUCCACUGUUUCGAGGACGUCACAGCCAUCAUCUUCUGCGUGGCACUCAGCGGAUACGACCAGGUUCUGCAUGAGGACGAGACCACGAAUCGCAUGCACGAGUCCUUGAUGCUGUUCGACUCGAUCUGCAACAACAAGUUCUUCAUCGACACCUCCAUCAUCCUCUUCCUCAACAAGAAGGAUCUGUUUGCAGAGAAGAUCAAGAAGUCUCCACUCAGCAUCUGCUUCCCCGAAUACACAGGACCAAACACCUACGAGGACGCGGCCGCUUACAUCCAAGCACAGUUCGAGAGCAAGAACCGCUCUCCAAAUAAGGAAAUCUACUGUCACAUGACCUGCGCCACAGAUACAGGAAACAUCCAGGUGGUGUUCGACGCUGUCACCGAUAUCAUCAUCGCCAACAAUCUUCGAGGGUGUGGCUUGUACUGAGCACCCCGCCCCCACCCCUCCCUCCCUCCAUUCUGUCCUGCCCCUCCCCAUGUCCCCUCCCCCUCCUUUGCCUCCCCCCCCUUCCCUGUCCUUCUCCUCCUUUCCCCCGCCCCUUCCUGUUCCUUUGACACUGCUGUGGAAAUGAUGAUGACGACGAUGAUGAUUCUGCUGAUUAUUUAAAGAAAAAA